GUAGUAGAAGAAGAAGAACAUACGCUUGGAUGUAGAUCUUCAUGUGAAAGUGUGUUUCCUUCUCCACACGGGCUUUGGAUCUCUGAUACUCUGCGUAACAUCACUAAAGAGUCCAGACGCCGCUCUUUAGGAAAAUCUCCACAGACUCCUGCUGCUACUGGCUCAAAGAUGUACCACUGCUCAGAUUGUGGGAAGAGUUUUACUAAAAGUCAUCAUCUCAAGGAUCACAAGCGGAUCCACACAGGAGAGAAGCCAUAUCACUGCUCACAAUGUGGGAAGAGUUUUACCCGUCAGAUAACUCUCCAACAGCAUCAGCGCAUUCACACAGGAGAGAGGCCAUAUCACUGCUCGCAGUGUGAGAAAAGUUUUACUUUCCAAAGUGCUCUCCGACAACAUGAGCGCAUUCACACAGAAGAGAAGCCAUAUCACUGCUCCUAUUGUGGGAAGAGUUUUACUUGCAGGAGUCACCUUCAGCGACAUGAGCGCAUCCACACAGGACAGAAGCCGUAUCACUGUGAACAGUGUGCAAAGAGUUUUACACGUCAGUGUACUCUCCAACAACAUGAGCGCAUCCACACAGGACAGAAGCCAUAUCACUGUGGACAGUGCGGGAAGAAUUUUACUCAUCAAAGUACUCUCCAACAACACGAGCGCAUUCACACAGGAGAGAAGCCGUAUCACUGCUCACAGUGUGGGAAGAGUUUUACUUACCAGAGUGCUCUCCGACAACACAACCGUAUUCACACGGGAGAGAAGCCGUAUCAUUGUGGACAGUGUGAGAAGAGUUUUACUCAUCAGAGUACUCGCCAAAAACACGAGUGCCUUCACACGGGAGAAAAAACCUAUCACUGCUCACAGUGUGGAAAGAGUUUUACUCGUCAGAGUAUUCUCAGACAACAUAACCGCAUUCACACAGGAGAUAAGACGUAUCACUGCUCGCAGUGUGGGAAGAGUUUUACUUGCCAGAGUUCUCUCCAACGACACGAGCGCAUUCACACAGGAGAGAAGCCGUAUUACUGCUUGCAGUGUGGAAAAGGUUUUCGUGACCAGAGUGCCCUGUACAGUCACCAGCAGUGUCAUACAGGACAGAAGCCGUACCUCUGCGAACAAUGUGGACGGAGCUAUACUCAUUCAAGGUCAUUAAGGACACACAAGUGCUCUAACAUAAAGCCAUCAACUCUUGACAUGUGAAUUUGUCAAAUUAAGAUGCAUGUUUUUCACUUUCAUUUUUACAGGAGGAUAAAGUGACAUCCUGGCAUAAAACUAUAUUAUAAUAUUUAUCACGGAAUUUAAUAUUCUGUUGCAUGGGACUUUCUCUCUGGGUUUUAGCAGAAUUCAUGAUUUUAUGUUGUUUUCCUGUUUCCCCCCAAACAUUAUGAUACCAAGCAUUGAAUACACACCUUUAACCAGUGGGAAUGCCCACUUUAAUCAACCAAUCCAGACCUCUGAGUGAGACACAUGACUCUGACAUCUCCCUCUAAAAAAAAAAAGCAAGCACAACCAAAACACAGAGGCACUGUAUUAUACCUAUAGCAACACUUUUUAUUUUAAUUGAUUUUUAAAUGCAAGCUAAUUUGUUUGUCUAAAAUGUCAUGUUGUGCAUACUAUCGAACUGGACACAUUUUCAAGCCAACAGAAAAUGGUUGUGUUUACAGGCAGUUUGAAUAAGUAAUUCUGGUCCAAGUUUCUCCGUCUUUGCAGUGUCCAUUAAGUACAGCUAACUACACUAUAUGGCCAAAGGUAUGGGGAUGCCUGACCACCACACCCAUAUAUGCCUUUUGAGCAUCCUCUGAUGGAACUGUGUCCAAUCCAUGGUCCUUUGAGCCCAGUGUUCCUGAUGAUAUAGUUUUCAGAUUUACUGCAACCCUGACCAGGAUAACACAGUUAUGCAGUAAGAUCAAUGAAUGGAUUUUUGUUCCUUUAAGAAGUAAGAUGAUGUUUGUAUGACCUGCAAGUCUUAGAAUUAUAUGCAGGAUCACUAUCACAAUCGUGGAUAUACAGUGAAUGGAGCAUUGAGAGAGCACAAUAUCAGCGGUUUGGGUUUGAUGACCCCUUCACUUUGGUAAAUCACAUGUUUAAUGCACCAAGUUUAUACUUUCCUUAUUAAUAACAAAAAAUUCUCUGUAAACAGGUUUUCUCAACAGGUUUUAAAAACAUGAAAUAUUACAUGUAUAAAUCCUCAGAUGUUUUAUUUUGACACUCACAGGUAAGCUCAUGCAUAUUAAUCAUCCUUCAUGUUUCUCCAAUUUGAAUAAAGUUUACCUGUGGGAUAUUUUAUGAGUUUAUUACUCAAAUUACAUUACUAACCCUAUUCCUCAAUAGCUCUGUAAUGAUGCUAUUAGAUGGUGGGCAAAAGUCCACCAAAGGUACUCGUGUUACAGGGUAAUAUUUCAGAUAUCUCAGAAUAAAUCUGACACCUCCUCA